AUGGCCUGUUGUGAUCAGGGUUUUUGGCAGGUGAUUUACAUGGUGCUCUUGAUUCAAGGAGAUAAAAUCAUGGCUGAAAUGAAAGUGAGAACGAAAGAAGAAAUUCUGAAAGAGAAGACCGAAAGAGAAAUAUUCUUUGCAGGGUGCAGGAUUGAUAAAAUGCACGAAGAGUAUGAAGAAGCUGUAAGCAAUAAAAGAUGGGACAAGAAGAAAGAAUGUUAUGUCAACAAAAAUGGUGAACCUGUUGUUCACAAGAAGGAUAUAGUCCAUGAUGAAGUUCUUGCAGUAAUUCCUCUAUCCGGUGAAUACUACUCAAAUGUUGAAAAAGAUAAAACUUAUAUGAAAAAGGUUGCUGAGAUAGUCAAAGUUGAAGCUGUUAAAGAGGAAGAUGUGAAGACAGCUGAGGAAGAGAAAGAAAAGAAAGACGAAGCAGUUGGUGAAGAAGCUGUUACUAAAGAACAGCAGGUGAGUGAAGAAGAAAUGAAGAAGAAAGAGGUAGAAGAAGUAAAGAUGGAAAGUUCGGUUGAAAUGGAUGAUGAUGUUGGUGAUGACGCUAGUGUUGGUGAAGAAAAAGAAAAAGAUGUUGAUCAGACAAAGAAAGCAGAGAACGCCGAGGUGCCAAUCACUAAGAUUACGAUUAAGAACAUGAUUUAA